AGCGACUCCAAAUCACCGCUCAGGCUCAUUUUCACAGGGAAAAAAAUGCCUUUUAAAUUAUACUGGACUUUCGCUUUUCUUAUUUUUACUGUCAACCGGUGUUUUGCCGACGAUGAUCACGAAAUGGAGGAGUUCCUGAAGCGGGAGUUUUCUCUUUCCAAGCCUUACCAAGGUGUGGGAUCCUUAGGCUCCUCCCACUGGGAGCUGAUGGGGGAUGCCAUGGUAACCACCGAGCAGGUGCGCCUCACCCCUGACAUGCAGAGCAGGCAGGGGGCAGUAUGGAGCCGCAUACCGUGUCAUCUUAAGGACUGGGAGAUGCAGGUGCACUUUAAGAUCCACGGUCAAGGGAAGAAGAGCCUGAAUGGUGACGGGAUGGCGAUUUGGUACACUAAGGAGCGUAUGCAGAAAGGUCCGGUGUUUGGAAAUAUGGACAACUUCACUGGCUUGGGUGUUUUUGUGGACACAUAUCCCAAUGAGGAGAAACACAUAGAGGCGCAGAAGAAGAGGUACACUCCUCGCACACAGAGGAUCUUCCCAUUCGUUCUGGCCAUGGUGGGAAACGGCACCGUCAGCUACGACCACGAGCGGGACGGUCGGCCCACGGAGCUGGGCGGCUGCAACGCCAUGGUGCGCAACCUCAAACACGACACCUUCCUCUUCAUCCGAUACGUCCGCCGCAGGCUAACGGUGAUGAUAGAUAUCGACGGGCAGCACGAGUGGAGGGACUGUCUGGAUAUUCCCGGGGUGCGGCUGCCACAAGGGUAUUAUUUUGGAGCUUCAGCAAUCACCGGAGACCUCUCAGAUAACCAUGAUGUAAUUUCACUGAAACUCUACCAGCUGACGGUGCUGCGGAGUAAAAAGGAAGAGGAAGAAGAAAAGGAAGAUGAAAUAACCAUACCCAGUGUAGACAACAUGGAGCUGCUCAGAUUGGGUCCAGUUGAAGAGGGAAUGAGCGGGAUAUCCAUUUUCUUCACCGUGCUCUUCUCCAUGCUGGGCUGCAUCUUCCUCAUCGUCAUCGGCCUGGUGGUCUACAGCCACUGGAACGAGAGCCGACGCAAGCGCUUCUACUGAGGAGAGUCAAAAAAGAAGGCCGUGAUUGUGAUGACUACUGCGGUCCGUGGACCCAACUGCACUGAGACGGAGCUGCCAGUGGAGCCACGUGGGCUCUGCCUAAUCCUGAGGACAACACAAGACUGACAGGAGACGAGGUGAACGUAUCCUCUGCUACAAAAAGCCAUCCUCCAACUUUGCCAUCGGUCGUCGUGAACCAUUAGGAGAACUUUGUUUUACACUUUGUGCUCGAUUCCUGCCUGGCACACACCACCUGGGCCUUACCAUCUCCACCUGUGUAGCCGUUACACAGCAGAUGUGCAGUCUCUUACACAACUUCUUAUGAGCAGCUACAUUUUUAUUUUUGUUACCGUUUGCUGCGUUCGACAGAUAUAAAACUCUACUUCUUUUUUUUUCCUGCUAAUUUUCACUGAUGUUAAUUUUACGGCUUUGAAAAGUUGAAGUAUUGAAGCAUCUGAUGUGCUUGUGAUUCAUUGAGCACCUGCAGUACAAAGCGCUAACCAAACACUCAUACAAACCGCUGAUCCAUGUUGCUGUAAGAUGCAUCGUUGCUUUAGAAAAGCCUCUCAGAAAUCUGCUCAAUCGUUUCGACUCUGUGAAUACGACAUAACGUACUGUAAGUUCUUAUUCUAUAGUUGCUGUAGUAUGCAUGACAUUCGCUGGAGUACUUUUGCAGUUGAACUGAAGGCUGCUCUUCGUUUACGGCGUAUGUGGCCAUUUUAUGUGUUAAUGUAAACUGACCUCUUCCUCACUGAUGCAUGCUGACGGCAAAAAUGUGGGUGUUUCAGGGAAAUAUUUAACUUCAAAUGUUCUAUAAUUUUAUUUAUACUUGUUCCUUCCUGAGUGUUUGUGCACAUUUGAUAAAACGAUUAAAAAUUUCUUGAUCAGUUCAGAGCAAAUCCCUCUGAUUAUAUUUAAAAUAAACUCGUCUAAAUGGCUCGAAUCUUUACGCUGAAGGGAAAGUCGAGAGAGUUUUCUCUGUCUCUGUCAGGUUAAACACUAAAAUGACCUUUUGUUUGUGUUUCUUUUGUUACAUGUAAAAACAUCACCUCUGUUUUUUCUGUUGUGUGUUUCACAUACGCUUUCACGGUGACCCAAGCAAACAUACUGGUUUGGUCCCGAGGGUUAGAGAUGUAGGCGUUGGCCGGUUGCGGUUGACUCAGCCUCAUCUUCUCCUGUAUGGUCUACAGAUGGUUUCAAGCCUCACGUCAACAUCAUAUAUCUUUUAUGUGGUGCUUUGUGUUAUUGUGCAAUUCUCGAGGGCUUCCUCAUUUCUAGGAGGCACUUUCACAGCCGCCCAACUUUAUUUACAUUCUGUUGUAUGUUGCCUUCUCGUUUUUUUGUUCUGUUUGAAAACCGUGCCUCCAUGUAUCCGUCCAGUGACAAACUGUAAUUUAUAAAUUUAACAGUUUUUAUCUUG